UUCAUUUCCGCCGCCUCCCGUGAUGGAGUGUGAAGCGCUGGUGUUCAAGGGAAAUAAAAACAAUAAUGAUAAUAACAAUAAUUUUUCGUCUAUGUCUAAAUCCUAUUAUAAAAACGUGUUUUUAUUGUAAGUUGUUUCGGUGUCCGACUUUGUAACUUUAUUUAAACACCCGGAAGCACAAAAAGCGCCGUAAAGCAGCGAGAGCUCGCGCAGCCAGAAAUACCGCAAAAAUCCACCGUAAAAUGCCGAUAGAAAUCGCAGAAACGCACGGACGGUGAUCAGUGAUGGCGCUUUAAUCGUUUUAGCGACGGACCCGCGGGAAUCCAUCGAGUUCAUCCUUCAUAUGUAUUGAGUUAGACAGCAGACUGCGACGGAACCGAGAUGCCGAGCAAAAAGAAGAAAUACAACGCCAGGUUCCCCCCGGCCAGGAUUAAGAAGAUCAUGCAGACGGAUGAAGAAAUCGGCAAAGUCGCCGCCGCAGUUCCUGUCAUCAUCUCUCGUGCUCUGGAGCUGUUCCUGGAGUCUCUCCUGACCAAAGCGUGUCACGUCACACAGUCACGCAAUGCUAAAACCAUGACCACCUCACACCUGAAGCAGUGCAUUGAGCUGGAACAGCAGUUUGACUUCCUCAAGGAUCUGGUGGCAGCGGUUCCUGACAUGCAGGGCGAGGGAGAGGAGAACCACACAGAGGGAGAGAAGAUCCCGCGCAGAGGUCGUAAGCCCGGUUCAGGACGUAAGAACGGCGGUGCUGGAGCCAAAGGCAAAGACAAGAAACUCUCAGGCACCGAAUCGGAGCAAGAGGAUGAUUCAGAGGACAGUGAGACGGACGGAGAGGAGGACGAGGACGCGUCUCACACCAGCACAAACACAGCACAGCCUGCAGCUUUCUUCCACAGAGCGGGCUCUCCGCAGGCGUCUCUGAUGGCUCUGCUCCCAGCCGGUUCUCUGCCGCUCCAGACCGAACACGAGGACGAGGAGGACUACGACUCCUAGCUGCGCCGCUCUCCUGCUCUUCUCCCACAGAUCCUCCACCACACACACCUUCUAGGUUUUUUAAUCUUAUUUUAUUGAGUCGGCCUUUCUUUUCCUCAUCUUUUUCUUUGGAUGAACGGCCCCGGAAGCGAGAGCGUGUGGAUCCAUCCCGUGUAUUCUUGCACUUUCCUUUGGUUCUUCUCCGUCUUCGGUCAUGUUUUAAGAGUAUAUAUGAGGAGGUCCAGCAGAUGUUUUGGUUGGUUUUAGCAGCAGAUGCUCCUUCAGUUGUUUUGUAAGGGAAACGCAGAGCGGACAGUUCUGCCCUUUUGUUUUUGUGACUCAUGUUUCUGGUUUUUGUCCUUUUUAAGCUAGUUUUACGAUUAAAGCUUCUGUCUUGCAGCGAUUAAACUGUCUAGCGGCACUUUCAUGCAGUUUUGAACUCAUUCUGUUGCAGGUCGUUCAUCGGAUGUGAAUGCGUGGAUUUGGUUUGAGAGCGCUUUAAUUGUUUCAGACAUUCUCUGUUCAUUUCCCCGGAUGAUGCACAUUUGUAUGGAUGACUUCCCCUUUGUUUUAUAUCUUUUAGACUCUUUUAAUGUUUGCUGUGAAGCUGGAGAGAAUCACGUGACUUCUCUCGUCUGUUGGCUUUUAACGUUCUCUUGAUUUUGUAUGAGUGAAAUAAACUUUGAGGUUUCAGUAA